AUGUGCUGCACUUUGUUUCGAUUGAAAGUUAAGAAGCGCACACGGAUAAAAAAAAUAGCAAACACCAAGCAACCAACCAACGAAUCAACCAACCAACAACAACUACUACUGCAGGCAACGCCAUCAGCCAUCAUCACUGCCGCCGCUUGUUGUGUGGAGUGGUGUUGGGUGCGGAGAGUGGAGUGUGGAGAGUGGUGGAGAGGUGAAAAGCGGACGAACGAACGACGGACUCGAGGAAUAUCGCAAAAAAAAUUGCAACAACGUGCUUGCAUACGAUCCGGCAUCGCUACGUCACCGUUAACGUUAUCGUCAUCGUUAUCGAGCUAUCGACUAAGUCUACUACUAUUUCUACUACUACCAUCACUAUUACUACAACAACAGCAACUGGAACAACUACAACAACAACUACAACUGCAUCAUCAGCAGCAUCGUCAUCCAAAGCCACAAAACGGAGACACCAACUGA